AUGAAAUGCCUGAACACCUAUCAUUAUCGGUCGUGCUUCUGUGAAAUGCCUGACCACUCAUCACCGUUGACCAGAGCGAAUUCGGAAGGUCCUGGUUCGAACCCGACUUCUGCCUCUCAACUUCUCCAGUCUAGGCUUGGGCAACCUGGCAGUAUCCCAGCACUCGUGCUUCCUUCUGGUGGCAUGGCAGCUAGGCAGCGAAAGGGUGUCGCAGCUGAACGAUUAUUUCAUUAUUAUUUUUAUUUGACUUUCUUUUCAUUUGGGGAGUAUGCUUGCACAAACAUCUUGAACACAAUCUGCAGGGCGAUUCGCCAAUGGUUCCACGCAAUUUUUUCAUGUUAUAGUUUAAUUUGCCGUUCUUAA